AUGAGCGUCAUGCCCUUUGAUCAUCAGGACAAGUCAACAUUUCUUUCCAUCCGGCGACAGGCACCGCUUCGCUCCAUUAUUUCACCCUCUCUUAUGGUGGCGGACUCGACGCAGCUGCUGCUGGAUUCCCUCCACGUGCUCUCCUCCGAGGGUGGGGCCGUUGACUGGCUGCACGUGGAUGUUAUCGAUGGUCACUUUGCGCCGAACAUGUCCUUCUGCCCCGACACUGUGUCUGGGAUUCGUCAUCACCUUCCUCAUGUCUUCCUUGAUGUGCACAUCAUGGUGGAAUACCCCGACAUGUGGGUGAAGCCGUUUGCCGAGGCCGGAGCAUCGCAGCUUACUUUUCACCUGGAGGCUUCGAAGGACCCGAUUGCGCUGGCGCAAAAAAUCCGGGCGGCUGGCAUGCAAGUUGGUAUUGCCAUCAGUCCUAUGACGCCAAUCGACAACCUCAUUCCGGUUAUCGAUGGCGGCCACGUUGACAUGGUGCUCGUGAUGACGGUAGAGCCUGGCUUUGCAGGGCAAAUAUUUAUGCCAGGUCCUCUUUCAAAGGUGCGACAACUGCGUGGGCUCUACCCACAAUUGAAUAUUCAGGUGGACGGUGCCAUCAACCUCGACACUGUAGACGCCGCUGCUGCUGCUGGGGCCAACUGUUUUGUUCCAGGGCAGGCCGUUUUUAAGGCCAAGGAUCGAAAAGAGAGUGUUAAAGAGAUGCGGUGCACUAUCGAACGUCACUUGAAGAGAUCACGCCUUUGA